CAAACGCGAGACUAUCCUAGGGCGCAAACCUCCCGCGCGGCGUCAAGCGUUACUCGACUUCUCAUGAUUUUUGUCUCGUCAAUAUCGAGACAUCGGAGGUCGUGGCGCGACGCGACGCGUGCGAUAUCCGUUCUCUCUUCACAACACCCUCCGAGAAUCGAGAUAGACGAUACAUUGUGCGACGCUUGCAGGCCAGCUUUUUGAGUGCGAGGGAGAAAGAACAUUCAGAAGGGAUAUACUUACAAUCGUCGUACAGUUAUAAUUCUCUUGAAGGAUGAAGACGCAAGUAACGCGGUGAGAGGCAAGUCAUGAACGUGGCCGUGCAGCAGGCCUUCGGCAGUAGCCAGUUCUGGUAGCCAGCUUCCGCAGUGCGUUACGCGAACCAAUUUCCAUGGGAUCACUGAAGUCGAGUAACAGUUGACGAUCACUUUGCUUGUCACUUAAUGUCGUGCAUCGUACAUUAGCAAGUGUACGUAGAGAAAGGAAAGAGAGGACAUAAUGACGGACCGUUCGUCAAGAUAGCAGUACUCGUUGAAAAAAACUUUGGGGAGAGCAGAGUGAGCUGUUGUUUAUCAACAGACGGUCGAAAGUGUAUGUCACGUGCUGGACCACGUGCUGGACGUUUUUUCCCGACUACGUCCAGUUUCAGCCACGUGAAGAAACGCGGAUAGCUUUACGAUGGAUUUUAAUAGAUUCGCGCCGAGUGGAUUGUCGGCGAUCGCUUCGGAAAUCGCAUGUCAUUCGUCCUUUUAUUCGCCGCCGCCCACAUCUCGAUCUGGGUAUGAUUCUAACAGCGGCGAAGAGUCCGACAACGAAUACGACACAUCAAUCAGGCAAGGCAAUCAAGUGCAAAAUCAAGCGCAAAGUCAAAUACUCACAGAUAGUCAUGCUGCUAAUUCCCGAAAUCACGGACAAGGAAAACACAUUAAUAAAGGCAGAUGGACCAAAGAAGAAGAUGCUUUAUUGAAGCAACUAGUAAGCAACGCGGAGCAGCUCGGCACUGCUCUACGAUGGGAUGUUAUAGCCAGCAAUUUUCCAGACCGAAGCGACGUUCAGUGCCAGCAGAGAUGGGCGAAGGUCGUGAACCCGAGCUUGGUGAAGGGCCCAUGGACGAAGGAGGAGGAUGAAAUGGUAAUUAAACUUGUAAGGAUACAUGGUCCGAAAAAGUGGACAGUGAUAGCGCGGCAGCUUAAAGGCCGCAUCGGCAAGCAGUGUCGAGAGCGAUGGCACAAUCACUUGAAUCCACAAAUAAAGAAGACCGCUUGGACGGAGGAGGAGGACCGAAUAAUUGUCGACGCUCACCGCAGGUUCGGUAAUCAAUGGGCGAAGAUUGCCAAGCUGCUAGAUGGUAGGACGGACAAUGCGAUUAAAAAUCACUGGAACAGUACGAUGAGAAGAAAAUACGAAGGCGAGGAAGGAAGAGCUGCAAUCAAAGGUAGGGGCAAGAGAAAAAGUGCGGAAAGUACUAUUACCACGAGAGACAUGCUUCUUAUGGAGAACGCACCUGGUCACAGUCAGAGAACAAGGACUGUCUCGCUCAAUGACGAAAGCAGUUUGAUUAUGACGCCAGGGAGCACUUCGCAGGCUGUCGAUAUGGAUUGGCCUAGGGUUUAUGAACAGCAACAACAAAUUACAGUGCCGCACCAACAACAAGAUACGUUACAACAGAACAAGCAUACGCACGAGAAACGCGCGCCGUCCCCGCCAAGAAAAGCUUCCUCUCGGGUGAAGAGCGAGACAACUCAGUUCAGCACUAGAUAUUUCAAUCUGCAGCAAUUGCAAAGCGAAAUAUCCAAUUCGAAGAGCUCGGAGAUCAAUUUGACGCCGAUGCCCGAUUUGGAGGAAAUAGCCAGCCAGCACGUAGAAAAAAAGACCAGCCCGCCUCCUAUAUUACGCAGACGCAGAGCCGUGCAACUGGAAAGAAUGGAAGCCGCCGACAACGGUAAUCAGUUAUCAGACUACAUCGUGAUGGGUCAACAGGCGCAGACGGAAAAUAUCAGCCCCUCGACUCCCAUCAAGGAGCUUCCGUUCAGCCCCUCGCAAUUUUUGAACAGUCUGACUCCGGAAACGUCCUGGCGCGCAAGCACACCUAAAAGCAGUCCCGGUCCGCUCACCACUCCGCAACCCACUGGUUUGCGACGUAAUCAAAAUGACGGCAAUACACCUAGGACACCGACGCCGUUCAAAAACGCGAUGGCUGAAUUCGAACGGCGGAGCGGAACUGCACACUUACCCGCUACACCUAGUCGCCUGGAUGCUCUGAACGAGAUAAUCAAGCAGGAGACCGACCGUGAGAGCCUGAAUGGCACAAGCGUGAUCCUUCAGGACUCAGGUUACGGCACGAUACGAAGGCGGGGUAAAGAGAACAGUGCACCAGGAGGAAAACGGGCGCGCAAGGCGCUCUGCCAAGCCUGGGCCAACACGGGCCAGGAUAAUUCCGACAUAACUUAUAUCGUGGAGACACCGAGCAAGAGUUUGGACACGUCUAUACUGUUCUCCCCUACGUUGGCAUUUGAAGAUAGUAUACUGAGGGCGGAUACCAGUUGUAGUCCGACUAAGACUCCCCGCGAUUCUACGUCCGUACAACGGAAGCCUAAUGCGAAGAGGGCGAUUACGUUUGACACGCUCGACAGUUCUUGUUGUAUUCUCAGCCCUCUUCCUAUGAAACCGGCAAAACGCAUUAAGUCAGUACAAAUGGACACACAAUGGAUGACAAUAGUGUGCGGUCGCACGCGCGACCAGCUUGAGAUGACCCAUGCCGCCCGACGUUUCCUGAGCAGUCAGGGAUACCUUCCGUUGCGUCCACGUUCUUUGAAUUUCUGAGGAAGCGAAUAACGAGAAGCAGAUAACCGGCUCUCGGUCGCACUUUGUGGUACAAAAAAAGCAUUAUGCUAUAAGCUAGUCGUAGGUGACGUAAGGCUAUCAUUUGUUUAAGGAACACGCGUCGUUUAUCCGAGAUAUAUAUUCAAAAAGUAAAUUAAACGAAUUUGACGUCGGUUGACCUCGACGUGCGUAGAUUGAUUCUGCAGUGUGCGGCUGAUGGAGGGCUUUUUGACUCUAGAUGAUAAACGGAUACCGAUGCGGACAAGAUUUUGUAGAUAUAGACCAGAAUGAAUUAAAUUUCUUUCGUCCAAGUAAAGCAGAAGAUCGAAAUCCAGCAAAUCUUGCAACUCGCACGCUGCAGAGUUAAGAGCCGCUUUAUUAAAGUUACUUGUUAUAUAGAUAUCGCCGGUAAAUUUCGAGCGCGUCGAGUGCAAUUCGUCGAAUUCGCUGCCAACAUACGAGAGCCACAAUGUAACCGAAUUUACAUCCGCAGUUGUAUCCGAAAUUGGUUUGCUUUUUUCACCCUGAUGCAAGAGACGCGAAUGAAAUAGAGAGAGAGAGAGGGAGAGAGAAAGAGUGAGUUGAGUUUCUCGCAUCCAUGCAUUAGAUGAUGAGAAGUCGGGAACUAUCACACGUAAUUUUGUAAUCUCAUUUACAAUAUUGCGUGCCUAUAACUCUUUUCUACGAGAGAAUUAUCUCGAUCUGCGUAGCAAACUGAAGGAACAGAUAGGGAAAAAUUUAAUAGCAAACUGCGCUUACAUAUAAUAUAUAUGUAUAUAUUAUAUAUUAUGUUUAAUAUAUUUAACCACGAUUAAUAUCGCCAUUUAUCACAUACAUUGUUUAUAUAGAGUAGGCGGUUUUUAGACGCUUUUUAGAGUAGUGAGUUUCUGAUCGCGUCAGGUGAAAAUCGAGAUGAUUCUCUUCCAUGGGACAGAACCGACAGUGCCGAAAUGGCACGAUCUUGCUUCCUGUUUCUUUUUUUUCAUCAUGAAAUUUGGAUGCACGUAUUUGAAAUGCAUGUGAGGUGUGUGAAUACGAACAAGAUGUCGCGUUCUGUCGUCGAGGUUUUAAUACACGUUUUUUUGUACACGAGUAUCCGCUUCUUGUCAUCCGCUUAUACAGGGGUAAGUUAAAAAACCACGAUAAAAUUGUAGUUGAUUUAUUUGAUACAAUGGUAUAUUAUAUGUAAAACAAAAAGCAUUAUUGCGGUGUUAUGUACAAAGAGUCUUUGUAUAACUGAUAUUUAACUUACAAGUGAAUAAUAAAAUCGUGAUAAUUAAAUCACAACGGAAUCUACGUAUAUCGUUACAUGUCACAAAGCUACUCUCUGACGCAGUCGUUUGAACACAUGGCGUGCAAAAUGCGUUCAACGUGUCUUUUACCGUGAGAUAAACAUCUAACAUCAAUAAAAACAUUAUUUCGAUGACACUGAAAACGGUAUUGCACUAGUAAACAGUAUUACAGAAUUAAGUAUACGAUUAAUGUGAUCGUUGCGCUCACAAGCAUUGUCCUGAAAAUAUUCAGAUUUAUUUCUAUGAUAAACGUUAUGAGCAAACGAAGAGAUGAGAAUCGUCAAAGCUUUCUAAAACUAUUUAAUUCAGCAGUUUGCUGAAAACAUCGUGAAAACGCAUUUUGAUCCAAAAAAA